UUAUAUGUGAAAAACAAGUUGAAUAAAGUCAGGUUUCAGAUAUGAGUUAAUUUUUAGUUUGUCUUCCUGCUUUUGUUUUCUUGUUUUGAAAUUGUCAGUUAAAGCUUGGCACUUUGUUCUUUCUGGUUUUAUUUUUAGUAGAGCAAGCUGAAAAUCUGCUGUCUUAUCUAACCCUUUAUAAAUUUUCUCACUGCAAGAUUCAGGCUUCUCAUAUAUUAGUGUAUUAUUUUUAAAUGGCUUUACUGGCUAUCUAUCCCAGUUAUCUCUUUGAACUGGUAAAUUAUUCCACUAGUUUUAUAUGGGAAAGCACUUCAAACUUUCAUUGCCUUUUGUCUUACUGCCUUACAAUAUAAUAUUGCUUUUAGUCAUCUGAGACUAAAAUCUUCUAUUAAUUGUGUGUUUUUCUUACCUGUGUGUUCUUUUUUUUUUAAGCACAUGUGACAGGAUGGAUGUGGGACAUCAGUAAUGGUUAAUAGAAGUUGCCUUUUUUUUUUUUUUCCUUUGGGAUGACAGUUUUGACAAAAUAAUCUGAAAGGUCCUUCAAACAUGGAGCAUUAAAUAUACCCAAAGUUUUUGUUAUUUUAGGUCCUAUUAUGCACUGAAGCUUAAUCCAGAAAAUAGUUUAAGACUUGUUUCUAACAUAGCUCAUGGUGUGGAUGUUCUAGGGACUUUGUAUAUUAACUGGAACAAGUGUGUUUAGGUAAAUUAUCAGAUAAUCUGUACUCAGGAACUCUUCCUGGAAAUGAAAGCAUGGCUACACCUUGGUAAUACUGGGCUUUUUUCCUCUUUUUGUCUCCUAGAAAUGGGUCUGCUCUCAGAAGAUGUGAUGCAGUAGAUGUGGUGCUUAGUCAUGGCAUCAGAACUGUGUAAAACAAUCUCUGAGGCAAAGCUGGAAAGGCACAAGAACUUGUUCUUAAAUUACCGAAAUCUCCAUCACUUCCCUCUGGAGUUACUGAAAGAUGAAGGGCUGCAGUACUUGGAGAGACUUUACAUGAAAAGGAAUUCCCUGACCACUUUGCCAGAAAACCUUGCACAGAAGCUUCCCAACCUCGUGGAAUUGUACCUUCAUUCAAAUAACAUAGUUGUUGUACCUGAAGCCAUUGGCUCCCUGGUUAAGCUGCAGUUUCUGGACCUGAGUGACAAUGCCCUGGAGAUUGUGUGUCCCGAGAUCGGCCGCCUGAGGUCCCUGCGGCACCUCCGCCUGGCAAACAACCAGCUCAAGUAUUUACCUGCAGAGGUUGGAGACCUGCGGGAGCUGCAGACUCUGGACAUCUCCACGAACCGCCUGAUGACGUUACCCGAGAGGCUGCACAUGUGCCUUUCACUGCAGUACCUGACUGCAGACAGGAACCACCUGUGGUCUGUGCCCCGCCACCUGUGCCAGCUGCCCAGCCUCAACGAGCUCUCCAUGGCUGGCAACCGCCUGGCAUUCCUGCCCCUGGAUUUAGGUCGUUCUCGAGAACUCCAAUAUGUUUAUGUGGAUAACAAUAGUCACCUGAAAGGCCUCCCAUCUUAUCUGUAUAAUAAAGUCAUUGGUUGCAGUGGUUGUGGUUCUCCAAUUCAAGUUUCAGAGGUGAAACUGCUCUCUUUUUCAUCAGGCCAGUUAACUGUGUUCCUGCCAGCAGAGGUGAAAUCUAUAGGGACAGAAACAGAUCAUGUGCUGCCUUUGCAAGAACUGGCCAUGAGGACCCUCUAUAACAUCUACUACAGGUUUUUGAAAGAUUUAAACUUUCUGACUCCAAUCUCACUACCCAAAAGCCUGUUGGAAUUGCUGCACUGUCCCUUGGGACACUGCCACCGCUGCAGCCAGCCUAUGUUUACCAUUGUCUACCCAAAGCUCUUUCCCUUGAGGGAAACUCCAAUGGCAGGAUUGCAUCAAGGGAGGACAACUGUUAGUUUUGUGGCAUACUGCUGCUCCACCCAGUGUCUGCAGACUUUUGACCUACUGAGUUGAUAAACAUUUCAACCUCCUCAGUGCUGCCAGUGUAAAGCUGCAUUUGAUGCCGUGUCCCCUUGGUACUGGAAUACCGUGUGUGCGUGUGCCAAAGCAGCAGAAGUGCCCAGUCAGGAGCACUCUGAGACACUUAAAUCCUGCCCUAUCAAAUCUGGAUGAACUGCUGGAAUUUUUCAGAAGUGUAAAUACCGAGCUUUUAAAAGUAUUAACUUCUGUCUCCUCUGAGGCAGCACACAAACGAAACACAUUCACGAGCUCUGACUUCAGGAUUUCCAGUAUUUUUAAUAUGUACCUGAUUUCAGGUUGACCCAUUGCAUCAUUAGAGGCAGUUGGAUCCCUCUAACAGGGAAAAAAAAAUCAGUCACGGCAAACAAAUUUUUACUUAUUCAUCCCUAUCCUCUUACCCUCUACAGCUGCCAUCAGGUGUAUUGCUGUAUUACUUUGAUGGAUCCCCGUAAUUUUUCCAUAGAAUUCAGCCUUAUUUUCUCCCUCUCAUCUUAAUGUUUACCCCAGCAGAGUUAUACCAGUUGUAUACCAAGUCUUUGACAGUUCUCUGUGGUAUUUAAAUCCACAUGCUAAAAGCAGAUCUUUCUUUCUAGUAUUAUUAAAUACCACAGUGAUUUAAUUGGAGUAACUAGGAUAUGUCUGGAGACUGAAGAUCCUGUUUCAGUGAAGGCUGGUACUGAUGCCUACACUAAGGGCUCUUGCUCCAGCAUGUUUGAGGGUGUGUUUUCUUUAUUUUCAUUGCUUUAUUUUUAGAAAUAGUUCUCCUUUUGUUCCAUUGAGAUCUUCAGGAAGAAGACAACUUUUAAGUAUCAAUUUCCCUUUGAAAAAAUCCAGCUAGUAAUAUGAUAGCAAAUCUUUAUUAUAUUUUUACAGUUGCAGGCUAUAGAUCUGCAAAGAGCUGGUCUUGAUCUUUUUCUAGAUUCAGUGUUUAGCUGAUUUGUCCAAGUGUGUCAGUGGAUUGUGUGCCUUGGAGAAGGUUGGAAAUCCAGGAGCAGAUGUGUAUCUCCAUGCACAGGUAUAUUUGCACACGUGGAUACCUGCACAGAAGGGCUGGGACAUUUGUUUCCAUACGUUAAUGGCAGAUUAGGUUCAAAUUGCCACUCACUAUCGUAUUUGCAGGAAUCUUUUCUGUUACAUCUUCUUCAUUUUAAAUAAAGAACAAAGGAUGGAAAAAAGGCCCAGAAUGCCUACAUGACUAAACAUUUUGAUUUUAUACCGAAACAGUUUAUAGAUGAUUAGCCGCUCUUGAUUUGUUUUUGAACAUAUAAUUUUUUUAAAUAUAAUUUUUUCUUUCUUUUUUUAUUUUUUUACUUUCUAUUUCUUCGGUAUAAACCACUUGUUGAUUUAGCACAGAGUGCUGCUCUGUGCAGUAGGUAGUUACAAGCUGAAAUAGAUAUGAAUGAAACAGUUUGUUAUAAAAAUGGCAAGAUAAAGAGACUUAUUUGGUAGUGUAUUAGCAUAUGUUGUGGUGAGGUGUGCGUACUUUGAAGGCAGGAGGCAUUAAAAUGUUUUCCUGUUGCCAAAGAAGCAUUUGUUCCUUCUGCAGGCUUCCUGGCAUCUCUUCAAUAAAUAGAGUAUCUUAAGAGCUUAAAAGAGUACCAAAAAGGCAGUUUUGAGGGUGGAAAUUUUAGGUUGUGCAUGUUACUUGUAAAAAUCUUUCCUGGUUUUAUUGGGUUGGUUUUAGAGAGUUGAAUUAGCAUUAAGAAAUGUAGAACUUAAUCCUUCAGGAAUGCAAGUAUCAUCUACUGCUUAAGAAUUGUGAAACUUUCUAAAAUCCCAUUUAUUAUAUCUGCUUUGCAGUAGGAGAAAGAGCCAUGUCCAGGCAGCCUUGGUGCUUUUGGAUUCCAGUCUGUCGUUUCCCAGGUUUGUUUCCAUGUUGGAAUCCCAGCAGGUCCAGCCACCCCACAGGGCUCACUGCUGAGGCAGCAAAAUCCACCUUCAGCUUUAUCCUUUUCCUUCAGUACCUCAGAGCUGAGAUGUAAAUUGCCCAUGUACAAUUAUAUCUGUGUCACAAACGUGCAAGUGUAGGACAGAAUCCACUUUUCUAAAAACAGAUUAUAAAAGCUGUGGUUACAGAUGUUAAUUUUUAUAUGAUACUCUGAUCAGGAAUUUAAAGUAGUAUUUUUUACUAUGGCUUCAUCUGCCUUUGAAAGAAAUGUUUUCUUGGAAGUUUUUGUCCUCUUUUUAUAGCAAGCUGUAGAUUUGAAAUCACAGUUUAUAUCUGAAUUCAGUCUGUAAAUACUAUUUUGGAGUUAAAUCUGGUUGUGAUCACCUAAAAGGCAUUAGCAUUUGUUUUAUUAGGAGUCAAGAAGACUGAAUCUUGAUUUUAUUAUUAUAAUUGUUUAUUUAUUAUUUUCUUUCUUCUCCCCAUAAUCUAAUUAUUUCUUAUUGAGUCUGUAUCAGUCUCUUUAUUAUUGUCUCCAAGUGCAGUUCAGAAGAAAUUUAACCUGUUCUAUAAGCAGGAUGAGUCUUAACUAACACUUUAAUAGAUGAUAUUUCAAGAAUGGAAUGUUCAAUAAAUAAAUGACUUAAACAUGCAAUUGAAGCUGAAAUGUCAUACCCUAUUUUUAUAAAACAAAGAAGAGGAAAGCCAAUAUAUAGAUAAGAAUGCAGCUUAAAUUCGUGUUUGAUGCUUUUGGGUUUUUUUUAAUAUGAACAGUGUUUGUAUUCAUCUGUAUCUUUGGGUGAUAUUCUUCUAGAUUAAAAUAACUCCAUUCUCACUUGUCCAAAUUUUUCUAAAGUUGUUCUGCUGUAAGAAUAUUUCAUAACCAGCAAGCAUGAGAGCCAGCUAUGCAAAUUGCAAAGGGGAGAGG